AUGAAGUCUGGUAGUCAACGAUCCCAGACGUCCCAACGGGCCAUCGCUUCGCAAAUCAGUCCUCAACAAGAGCAAUCCAAUCGGAACACUCCCAGCAUUUCAGGCUCUCGGGCAUCCACUCGAUCUCAAAAGAGGAAACUCACUCAAAACCACCCAUCAUCGCCAUCUCCAGUUUCCACUUGUACUCAACGUUAUAGGCCAUACCAAUGUUCAAAACGUUUGCAGCCAAGUCUUCCAACUCAGCAAUCGACACAUGGCAACACUCCGAGGGCCUCUGUUUCACGAUCUACACGAUAUCAAAACAGACAUCAUCAGCGUGAACAAACUGAAGAACUCGAAAGUCACAAUUCUCAAUUAUCUAAUCCUACCGAAGGAAAUCAGAAAAACGAAGAAGAAGAUGAUGAAAUACCUCAAAAGCCUGCCGAAGAGUCACAGAGAGAAGACUCCGAAGAACCUUUCAAUCAAAAAGAUUUAAAUUUAUUCAACGCUGGCUCUGAUGACAACAAUGUAACCGACGAAAGUCCUUAUAAACCGGAGGAUAGCAGUGAACGUAAUAGUAGUGAAGGUGAAGACGAUUAUCCUUAUGUGAACUUAGCCACCAAAGCUGCCACAGUCCGCCCCGCUGCUCGAACUAUGUCGAAGAACCAUAGCGGACAGACUGCUUUACCUUCCCAUAUGACAGCCGCUCAUUCCCAAUCUUUCGAACGCAUUGCUAAUUGGGCGGAUCUUGAUCAAGAUGCUCGCACGGUUGGACGAAAGUUAUGUAAUGUGAGUAAGAUGAACUGA